GACAAAAACAUUACAACUUUUGUCCGCAAUUCUGCUUUGCUACGUUAUACCUCAGUCAUUUAUAAGUUAUUACACCUACGUAUUUUUAUUUUAAGGAUAUUGUAAAUCGCUAAUUACAGGGAGAAGAAAGCUUAUCAAAGUGGAAUAUAACCAUGAAAAGAAACGUAAUGCCGGGAGUCUUUUGUUUUGAGUAGUAGCAAAUUGUUUCACCUGAAAAUGUGUUUGAAGCUUACAAUAAAGUAUGAAAAUGAUGAAACUUAUACUCGACUUAACAUUAUUUAUCAUCCUGGUUUUUCAUCCUGCUCAUGGAUUCCCUGGGGUUCUCCCUUGUUCAACAAAUGAAUGUCGACAUCGAAGGGGUUACAUUCAUUUUUUCACAUGGUUCCGUCAACCAUAUGACGGCUUGGACUUUAGGACAAUAAAUAUCACAAAAGAUUACGUAACAUUGUUUGAUAUUACCAUUGUAAUAAAGAAUAUGAAGAAUUUCGAUUCAAAUUCAACGGUAAUUCAAAUCAGUGCCCAGUCAAAAGCGGAAGAUUUUUAUUUUACAAACGUAAAAACAUCGGCAAACAGAAUAUUUCACUUCAAAAAUGUGAAAAAUGUAAAACUGUUGCUAUUCUCAUUCAAGCAGAAUGUCGUUGCGGACUUGUUUUAUUUCAUGGACUGCGACUUCAAGAUGGAGCAAUUUUCUUCUCUCACAUAUCCGGAAAGAGAUUCGAAGCCCGUUCCAAUAUUAAAGACUUUAUGGGGACAUUUAUUAAACAUUGAUGCAGUGCACAGACCUCGCAAAUCCUGUUGGUUUGUUGUGCCAUUAGACAAUUAUGAAGGCUUGGCAAACAUUAAGAAUACAUACAUCGUCUUCGACAACGCGUUGAACAAAAACUCAAAACUUGAUAUCACGGACGUCAUAACAGAUAAAGUUGUUCUGACACAUUCUGAUAAACUGUCUUUAGGUCCGGGAGUAACUAUUGUCGAAGGGCAGGACAAAGCAAUAGAAGUUGGAAUAAAUAAAUUUCCUGCGACUACUGUUUUAUUUGUUGAUUAUCAAUGUGUUUCUCCAUUACUCGAUUGUUCAACAGAUUCAAAGUUUCACAUCAGUUUUAAGCCAUUCACAAACUUCGAUAUUGAGUGCAUUAAAGUAGAAGAAUUCUGUCGUUUCGGUCGCGGUGAAAGUCCUUUUCCAACUUGCAGACCAGAAGAUAGAAUUAUAUACAAAGAUCGAUCUAUUUCAAAUUGCCUUGCACUACAGGAUUUAUUGGACAGUAUUGCAAAACAAGUAAUACCGCCAAUAUAUAACCACCCUAUCAGCUUAUUGAUGCUUGCAACCGGUCAAAAGAUCCCGGGCUUAGAGCCAUUCCCUGAUCUAAGUACGAAUUUUCUACUUGAUCGAGAAGACCAAUCAGAUCUAAAAUUCAGGCGAAUGGGAUCAACAGGGAGGUGUUCUAAUAUCCACGAAUACUGCCGGACAAUUCGAAUGUGUAGUUCACAAGGAAGUUGUGCACGAGUUUGUCUGAUGAUGCAUAUACAGAGGGGUUGUCCCUUUUUCGGGAGAAAAAUGAGCAAUUAACAGAAUCAUUCUCAAUGAAUGAAUCUAUUGCGUCGAAAUGAUUUACCCAGCAUGAAUUUUAUGCAGGAAAACCUGGAAACAAAUUUAGUCUACAUGUUAGAUAUCUGAUUUACUCAACAGUGAUUCAAUAUCUCGAACCUCAGUUAAAGAGCGAACAAACAUCCAAAACUGAUUCGCAAGCUUAGAUGGCUUAGAUUGUUUAUUGGACGAGGGUAAUGGUUAAUAUAGUAUUUGUAGCAUUCGGAAGCAUAAUAGCUACUAUUCACAGAAAAAGUGUAAUAUUUAAUAGAAUAAUUGUUUAAUAUAUAUAUUUCAUGGUGCAGGUAACCAGUUCCUAUUUUCAAGUUUUUUUUGUAGUAGAUUCGCUCGUAAAAUCUGGAAACUUUCACGGCUUUAUCGAAUGGUGCACAUAAUUUUAUGUAUAAAGUAUUAACGUGA